AUGAAGUUGCUGAGUAGCAAGUCCAAGGUUGCUCCGCUACAUGACCUUUCAACGCCUCGAAAGGAAUUGUGUGCCGCAUUGCUACUAACUCGACUCAUUCAGAGGAUUAUCCCAGCCAUGCAAAUGGAAUUCCGUGACGUGGUCCUCUGGUCGGACAGUCAAAUCGUUCUGGCGUGGAUGAAACGAUCAGCCGAUCGCCUCAAGAUUUUUGUCCGAAACCGAAUUCAUGAAAUCAAUACCUCCACUGCAGGAUAUCGCUGGUGCUACAUCCGAUCUGGUGAUAAUCCAGCAGACAUCGUGUCCAGAGGUCAGCUACCAAACGAUUUGCGCAGAAACAAUCUUUGGUGGACCGGACCAAGUUUCCUCACGAAACUCGAGUACGACGAAGAGGAGUUAGUCGAUAUCCCCGACCAACAGCUUCCCGAAAUGACAAGCACCGAAAUUGUCACUUCGGCUGUGGUGGAACAGUUUCCACUGUUUUCCCGCUUCAGUGACUUCAGGAAGAUCGAACGCAUCAUGGCAUUGGUACUUCGAUUCAUCGCCAACAUCCGCACCAAGAACAGGUCACAACGUAUCUUCAACCGGUACGUUACUAUUUCCGAACUCCGUCGAUCGAAUUUCACCAUUAUGAGGAUGGUUCAACAGUCAGAGCUAGCUGACGAAAUACGUCGUGUUCAAACCAACAAACCGUGCCGCAAGCUAGGAGGCUUGAAUCCAGUGUUCGUCGAUGGAUUGCUUCGAGUUGGUGGUCGCCUGCAACAUUCGAAUCUACGAGCCGAGACGAAGAAUCCGAUUAUCCUUCCGAACAGACAUCCACUUACGAAGCAGCUAAUCCGCACAAUGCACAUCGAGCAUUUGCACCUUGGGCAAAAUGGCCUGAUUGCUGCUAUGCGCCAGAGGUAUUGGUUGCUGAGCGCCCGUUCAACCAUCCGGCAAGUGACCCGCAAUUGUGUAAGAUGUUUCCGCACAAAUCCAAAUAUGUCAACGCAGCUGAUGGGCAAUCUUCCUCAACCGAGGAUAAAUCCAGCACCUCCGUUUGCAGUGACUGGUGUCGACUACGCCGGCCCAUUUUGGAUCAAGAUGGGAAAUUACCGAUCCAGGCUCAUCAAGGCUUACGUGGCAGUAUUUGUUUGCAUGGUAACAAAAGCAGUGCAUCUCGAGGUCGUGUCUGAUCUCACAUCCGACGCCUUCUUAGCUGCGCUACAACGGUUCAUCAGCCGAAGAGGAAUGGUGCAACAGUUGCAUUCUGACAAUGCCACCAACUUCCGAGGAGCACAACACGAGUUGCACCAGCUAUAUCAACAGUUCCAGGAUCAGCAGUUCACAGGACGUAUCCAGUCCUUCUGUCAGCCAAAAGAGAUCGAGUGGCAUUUCAUACCGCCGAACGCACCCGAGUUCGGUGGCUUGUGGGAGGCCGCUGUAAAAUCGACAAAGAGACAUUUGGUCAGAGUGGUUGGCUAUUCCAAAUUGUCAUUUGAAGAGCUAACAACCAUACUCACCGAAAUCGAAGCAGUUCUCAACUCUAGGCCACUGUUUUCGAUUUCUUCCGAUCCAGCCGACAUAGAGGUAAUUACGCCAACUCAUUACUUGAUUGGUAGACCACUUACAGCCGUUCCGGAACCAUCCCUUGAAGACAUCCAAAUUAAUCGUCUGAAAAGAUGGCAACAUCUACAGAAGAUGCGUGAGGAUUUUUGGAAGUCUUGGUCCAGAGAUUAUUUGUGCAGCCUUCAACCGAGGUCAAAGAAUACCAAGACGACAUCCAACCUUCGCCCAGGAAUGGUAGUUCUACUGGAGGACAAAAAUCAACCACCGCUUAACUGGAAGCUAGGCCGCAUCAUGCAGGUAUUCCCAGGGCCAGAUGGAUUGGUCCGAGCCAUCGAUGUGUCGUCUAACGGAGUUACCUACCGACGACCGAUCAACCGGAUCGCAGUUUUGCCGAUUGAGGACAACGAGCCACCAACCCUGAGUGAUGUUGAAUCUACGAGUCAACCGGGCGGAGUAUGUUCCGUGCGAAACAAGCUAUAG